GGUCGGUGUUGACCUUUUAUUAUUCUCACUCCCAGAAUAACGUGCUCUUCUUAAAGAUUAUAGACAAACCAUGGAAUGUUAAGCCUAUAAAUUUUAGGUGGUAUUUUUUGAUAUUGUUAGAAAACAGCUGAAUGUGUCUUUUUGAGAGUAACGUCUGGUUUAGAUAAAAUUGCUGCAGGAGAAGCCCUGGAGACGAGAAUAGAAAUGCCCUGACCUGAAAGUGCCACAUGUGGCGUGGGGAGGGGGGCUGCGAUGUCGGUGCUGUGUAUUUAUCUGAGGUGAGGAGAGACCUGUACUGAAGUCGCCAUGUGGAAGACUACUCUCAUCAUCUACAUCUUCUCUGCCUCCUACAUUACUGCCAUCCUGUGUAACAAGUAUGUCCUGUCUGUGCUCCAGUUCACCCUCCCCACCCUCUUCCAAGGCUGGCAAACCUUCACUGCAGCAACAACAAUCUUUGCUGCACACUACUCGGGUCACCUGCACAUCAGUCGACUCACACCAGGGGGCGUGAUUGGGUGGAUGCCCGCUUCUCUGUCCUUCAUUGGGAUCAUCUAUGCAGGAUCUCGCGCCCUGUCUCACAUUCCAAUCCCAAUGUUUUUACUGAUACGGAAUUCUGUGGAAUCUUUCAUAGAGAUAGUUCGUUGGAUUGUUCGAAGAACACUCCCCAGCACGCAGAAACUUCUCGGAUCAUUCCUAACGGUACUAUCUGCAGUGGCACUGUGGUAUGUAGACCCACAGUAUGACAGGGAUGGGUACUUCUGGCUGGUGUCCCACAUGGUUUUCCUAGCAGGGUAUAAACUGUAUGCAGAGCUGAAGUCCACAGAGCUGAGCAGUAUGGAGAAGCUGUGGUGUAACUCCAUUGUAAGUGUCAUACUCCUGGCUCCAGGGUCCUUCCUACUGGGGCAUGUGCAGGAUGCCUGGGAGUUCCCCCUCCUCACUCACUCACAUUUCCACAUAGCAUUCCUAGCCAGCGGCCCCCUGGCAGCCAGUGUUGGUAUCACAGGCAUCCUGGUCCAAGAAGGAACCAAGUUUCCUGAUCACAUCUCCUGUACUGUGAAGACCUUAACGGUCCUCAUGUCUCUGAUGGUGUUCCAUGUAACCCUGACCACAGCAGCGUUCCUGUGUAUUCUGAUGGGGAUUACAGGGGAAGUGUUACAGAAGAUAGACCUGAAGGACUUCAGUGCUACAUUAGACUUGAAGUAUGAGGAAAGGACCAGUCUCAGUAGUCAUUCCAUAGAAAUAAGUGCUGAAACUUAAAGUGCUCAUGUAUGUCACCGAUGACACUGAAAAUUUGUGAAAUACAACAAUUCUGAUUAUAAGCAACCAUCAUAAGUGUUAUUCAAUGAAAAAAAUUUUGUACAAAUCAUGCGCUUUUUGAUUGGACAUACAGAUAGAAUCUUACAAACCAUUCUUGUAGUUGUUGAUUUCUACCGUCAGGUAGUCAAGCUAUUUUUUGCCCUUGACAUCAUAGUGAAAAUGGCAACCUGGUACUGUGACUUGUGAAGACAUUCUUUUGAGAAGCAAUGCAUGAUCAUCAUAGAAUACACAAUUACAAUUGCAACUUUUCUAGUGUUUGCUUUUCUGGUUUAAAGUCACAAUUCCAAGUCACAAUUCCAGGUUCCAAAAUGGCUGCCCUGUUUAUGACAUCACGGACGGAUAUGAACUUAAUUACCUGGUGUCAGGAAUCAAGAACUGGAGGUACCCCCCGGUAUGGCUUAUAAGAUUCGAUGUUGAAUGACACCAAAAGGGUGUAUAUUUUGUGCAUGCAUCUUUGUUUAUUGAAUAACACUGCUAUUGCUAAAUGUAAUCAUGAAAUGUUGACUUGUGAUGACAUAAGCACUUUAAUUGAGUCUAAAGUCUGAAGACUUACCAUAUUUAUUACUUGCUUGUUCAGUCGUUCUGCACAGGUAUAUUAUUUUUUAUUCUACACUGUGCUUUAUAAAGUUUAGUAAAAUCUACUCAUUGUGCAUAUAAGGGGUUAGUUACAAGAGAAUGCAAUGUCACUGUCAUACACUAUAUUGACUUAUUGUUAGAGCACAUGUUAGAAAAAUUGCAAUCACUAAUUCUAUAUACUAAGGGCCUGUUGGCAUGUUUGCAUAUAUUCAAGUCCGUAUAUAAGUUGCAUAUUUAGAUUUUUUGUCUUUGGUAAGAUUUAUGGCCAAGGAAAUCAUGUUAUUUUUAUAAACAGGCUGCACAAGUGAUUCAAAAUUAAAGGCAGGUUCUUUACCACAACCUUCUUCUAAGUCAAAAAUGGUACAUGUACUGAUGUAGGAUGCGUAGACUGUUCCAUAAGUUCUGUGGGCAAAGUUCUGUGGUGGUCACAUUUGUCACAGACAUCAUCCAUGCAUGACGUGUAUAUUGCCUAUAAAGUGGUGGUUAGCAAAGACUGUGCAAAUGUUAUUGCAAUAUUAUGUUAAAAUGAUGCCAAAUAGCCAUUAUUAUUACAGCCACAUAACCCAUGCAAAAGAAAGAUAUGUAUAAAAUCAUUCAGAUGAUAACAAGACCAUUUUUAUGUAGUAAAGUGUAGCACAAACUGUAUUCAUGUAUACAACAUUAUGAACUACUACUUGUAAACUUGUUUUAUUCCUUUCAUAACGCAGUUGACCAUAGUGGCAAUUUAGAGUUAGACUUUAAGGGAAUAGUUUGACCCUUUAAACUGAGGAUAAGGACUUUAUGAAACAUGACAAAUUAAUCUAUUAGCAGAUACUAUAUUUCCUUUAGUUUUCAUAUUGUGCAGGAUAAUCUUCAUUCUUUUUAUUUCAUGGUAAGGAGCAGUUACCCCUGAUACAUUGUAAAAUUAUGUUCAAGUACUAACAGUGCAACAUGUAUUUAUUCUUAUUGUGUAAAGGUGCAAUGUGCUCUGAGCAAUUACACAGAUGGUAAUAUUAUUAAACAAACAUGUGACUCACAA